AUGCGUUUCACCAGCACACUGAUCCCAGCGCUUCUCGCCGGCUCGGCGGCUGCUCACCCCGGCCACUCGGUGCUCGAGGAGUUGCAAGAGCGCCGUGACUACAUGUCCAACGCCCAGGCCCGUGAUCUUAGCCACUGCUCGGCUAAGCUCAAGGCACGCGGCAUCGAGGCGAGGAACGCCGCGCGCCGCGAGCGGACUGCUGAGGCUGCUCGCGCCAAGCGUGGUCUCAAGACGCAGCAGGACCUCGACACUGUCCUGGCCACCGACCACAACGCCACCGACCUUGGCUACACCGCCAACACUGACGCAGCAACCCUCUUCACCGGCAAUGCGUCCUGCAUCCUGACUCCCGACGUCACUCAGGGCCCCUACUACGUCGGCGGCGAGUACAUCCGCCGGGACAUCCGCGAGACUCAGGAGGGUAUCGACACUGUCCUGGACUACCAGGUCAUCGACGUCAACACUUGCGAGCCAGUGCCCAACGUUUACCUUGAGAUGUGGCACUGCAACUCCACCGGAGUGUACUCCGGUGUGGUCGCCUCCGGAAACGGCGACAGCAGUGACGAGACCAACAUCGACAAGACCUGGCUGCGUGGCAUCCAGUCCACCGACGACGACGGUGUUGCACAGUUCGAGACCACCUUCCCCGGUCACUACACGAGCCGUGCCACCCACAUUCACAUUCUGAUCCACACCAACGCCACCGUGUACCCCAACGGCACCCUCGGCAACGAGGUUACCUCCAGCCACGUCGGGCAGGCGUUCUUCGACCAGGACCUGAUCUACGCUGCCGACGAGAUCUCGCCCUACAGCGAUAACACGCAGGUGAUCACCACCAACGCCAACGACAGCAUCUUGGCCGAGGAGGUUGCCACUGACGGUGUCGACCCCUUCUUUGAGUUCACCUACCUCGGCGACGAGCUGGCCGACGGCCUGUUUGCAUGGAUCGCUUUCGGCAUCAACGCCACUGAGAGCAGCACUGUCACUCCCGCUGCGUUCCUCUACGAAUCUGGUGGCGUGGCCAACGCUGCCUCUGGCGGUGGUGGCGGUGGUGCUCCCCCUUCCAAGUAA